CACUCAGUAGGUCUUAUGACUGAGAGCUCUCUCUUUCCCUCUCCAAAAGCCAGCGAAGAGUAGAGAGAAAUACAGAGAGAGAGAGAGAGAGGAACCGCCAAACUAGAAUGCGAUUCCUUCUGGUACUCUUCCUCCUCCUGAUCCACCGGCAAAUCCACCAUUCAUCGGCCGGGGAACCGGUUGCGGUGCCGGAAUACAGCGCGCUGCUCUCUCUGAAAAGUGCCAUUACCGGCGACCCGCUGUUGGCGUUAUCGGGAUGGAACGACUCCACCAGCCAUUGCACAUGGUUGGGAGUCAAGUGCGACUCCGACCGCCACGUGACGGCGCUCGACCUCUCCGGUCACAACCUCUCCGGGAUUCUCUCCUCUGACGUCGGCCACCUGCGCUAUCUUGUGAACCUCACCGUAGCCGCUAACCGGCUCUCGGGCCGUAUCCCGCCUGAAAUCUCGCUCAUCUCCGGCCUCCGAUACCUCAACCUUUCCAACAACGGCUUCAACGGAACCUUCCCCGCGGAACUUGCCCGCCUCCAGAAUCUCCAAGUGCUCGACCUUUAUAACAACAACAUGACCGGUGACCUGCCUGGCGUCGUCUCUGAAAUGUCGAAUCUCAAGCACCUCCAUCUCGGCGGUAGCUACUUCUCCGGCACUAUUCCGAAGGAAUACGGCCGCUUCCGCUCCCUUGAGUACCUAGCGGUUUCCGGCAACGCGCUCGUCGGCGCCAUUCCUCCUGAGAUCGGAAAUAUAUCGACGCUUAAACACCUCUACAUCGGCUACUACAACACUUUUUCCGGUGGACUACCUCCGGAGAUCGGAAACUUGUCUCAACUCAUCCGAUUCGACGGCGCGUACUGUGGUCUCUCCGGCGAGAUUCCUCCGGAGAUCGGGAAGCUUCAGAACUUGGACACUCUGUUUCUGCAAGUGAACGCACUGUCCGGGCCUUUAACAACCGAGCUUGGUUACUUGAACAGCUUAAAAUCUAUGGACCUGUCGAACAACAUGUUCACCGGUGAAAUACCUUCCUCGUUUGCCGAGCUCAAGAACUUGACGCUGCUCAAUCUGUUUCGUAACAAGCUCCACGGGUCGAUUCCAGAUUUCAUCGGCGAUUUGCCGGUGCUAGAGGUGUUGCAACUCUGGGAAAACAAUUUCACCGGAAGUAUCCCACGAAGUUUAGGGACGAACGGUAAACUUCAGAUUGUGGACCUCUCAUCGAACAAAUUGACUGGAACUCUGCCUCCAAAUCUGUGUUCUGGUAAUCGCCUUGAAACGUUGAUUAUUUUGGCCAACUUUUUGUUCGGUUCCAUCCCGGAAUCGCUAGGCCAGUGCCAAUCGCUAAGUCGAAUCCGGAUGGGGGAGAACUAUCUAAAUGGCCCGAUUCCUAAAGGACUCUUGAGCUUGCCUAACCUCACCCAGGUUGAACUACAGGACAAUCUUCUUUCUGGAGAAUUUCCCCAAACAGAUUCGAUAUCUCCCAAUCUCGGGCAGCUUAGCCUCUCCAACAAUCAUCUAACUGGUUCUUUACCCGCUAGCAUUGGCAGGUUCUCUGGCGUCCAGAAGCUUCUGCUCGACGGUAAUCGGUUCUCGAGCAGCAUUCCUUCUGAAAUCGGGCAGUUACAGCAGGUAUCAAAGAUCGAUUUGAGCCACAACAACUUCUCUGGCUCAAUCCCGCCUGAGAUCAGCCGCUGCAGGCUCUCUACAGUCAUCGAUCUCAGUCGGAACCAGCUCUCCGGUGAAAUUCCUACCGAAAUCACUGGUAUGCGGAUACUGAAUUACCUUAAUUUGUCUCGAAAUCACUUAGUUGGGACGAUUCCUGGGUCGCUAGCUACAAUGCAGAGCUUGACUUCUGUUGAUUUUUCAUAUAACAAUUUAUCUGGGUUAGUCCCUGGCUCUGGUCAAUUCAGCUACUUCAACUAUACUUCUUUCCUCGGCAAUCCUGACCUCUGUGGCCCCUAUUUGGGACCUUGCAAAGAUGGUAUUGCUAAUAGCACUCACCAAAAACAUGCCAAGGGUUCGCUCUCAUCUUCAUUGAAGCUCCUGCUUGUUGUUGGCCUGCUUGUAUGCUCAAUUGCUUUUGCAAUUGCUGCAAUUAUAAAGGCACGAUCGCUAAAGAAGGCGAGUGAGGCUCGUGCGUGGAAGCUGACUGCUUUCCAGCGCUUGGAUUUCUCUUGCGAUGAUGUCUUGGAUUGCUUGAAGGAGUGUAACAUUAUAGGGAAAGGAGGUGCUGGUAUUGUUUACAAGGGGGUGAUGCCUAAUGGUGAUCAGGUUGCAGUGAAAAGGUUACCUGUGAUGAGUCGUGGGUCGCCACAUGAUCAUGGGUUCAAGGCAGAGAUUCAGACUCUUGGGAGAAUUCGACACCGCCAUAUUGUUAGGCUAUUGGGUUUUUGUUCAAGCCAUGAAACCAAUCUUCUAGUCUAUGAGUACAUGCCUAAUGGGAGCUUAGGUGAAGUGCUUCAUGGAAAGAAAGGGGGUCAUCUGCACUGGGACAUAAGAUAUAAGAUAGCUGUGGAGGCUGCGAAAGGUCUGUGCUAUCUUCAUCAUGAUUGUUCGCCAUUAAUCCUCCAUCGAGAUGUGAAGUCCAAUAACAUCCUGCUUGACUCCAAUUUUGAGGCGCAUGUUGCUGAUUUUGGCCUUGCCAAGUUCGUGCAAGAUUCAGGCACUUCAGAAUGCAUGUCUGCUAUUGCUGGUUCAUAUGGAUACAUUGCACCAGAAUAUGCCUACACGCUUAAGGUUGAUGAGAAGAGUGAUGUGUACAGCUUUGGUGUAGUUCUGCUAGAACUAGUAACUGGUAGAAAACCAGUUGGAGAGUUUGGUGAGGGAGUAGACAUAGUACAAUGGGUCAAGAAGAUAACAGGGGGGAAGAAGGAAGAUGUACUGAAAAUCCUCGACCCAAGACUUUCCUCGGUUCCCAUCCACGAGGUGAUGCACGUAUUUUACGUGGCAAUGCUCUGUGUUGAAGAACAGGCAGUCGAACGCCCUACAAUGCGCGAAGUUGUUCAGAUGCUAACGGAGCUUCCAAAGCCAUCCGACCCAAAACAGGGCAGUUCAACAGUUAGCGAUUCAUCGCCACCACUAACCAAUCCUUCAGAGUCUACCAUGGCGGCAAGUAAAGAUAGGCAAGAACCCCAUCAGCCGCCAUCGCCCCAUUCACUGCCUCCUGAUCUUCUUAGCAUUUGAAGGAUUCUACCAUGAUGACCACUGCUUGCUAUUAACUUUCCAAACGGAUGCUGUUAGGCAUGGCAUCUGAUUUUGUGUUCUUCAUCCACCGUCGGUAAGGUAAGUUUCUGUGGGGGCUUUACUUUUCGUAAGCUGUUGUUAAUGUUAAUGCUUGAAGCUUUGUAUGUACAGCUUGGACAGUUGGGGUUUCUUUCGAAAGAUUUUGCCUUUUUAUUGGCAUGUGCUCUAUCUAUCCAUCAUCUUCCAUGUUUAUGAUU